AAUCCACAAUAUUAAUACAAUCAGUCCUAUUUAAGACAGCCAUCCAAUAAUAUGAGAUAUUUCUGCCCUGUGGUCUUGAAAGCUGUGAUUAAUGAGUUGCUUUACUGGGGGGAAAAUCCCUCUUUUUCUGGUUCGGAUCCCUCAGGCUGGAAACCCUUUCAACACUGUCUCAUCACAGGGGCCACACAGGGAUGCAGACGUAGUCUAAACACUUCCACAAACUCAUAUAUUAAAUCAUUUGUGGCUUGUUUUCAGGUGUUAUUGAUUAGGAUUAAUGCCAGGUCUUCAUGUGUGACCAGGACUUUAUCUUUACUGUCGUAUCCCAGACACAAUCUCAUGUGUAGCAUUUUAUAAAUAAACUAUAAACCAUGAGACAAAACCAGAAAUAUCCAGAUUCUCCAAUUAGCACGGUGUUGAAACUGCGAUGAAUAAUAAAAAGCAGUUUCAUCUGUCCACACCCAGUAACACCAGGGCUGAUUAGGACGUUAUUAAUGUGCCACUGAUUGGUCAAAACAAGCUCCACGUUAAGGCUUCAGGCGAUAUGAAACAACAGGGAUUUGCAGCAUGCGGGCGUCCGUGCAGCUGUGAUUAGUGUGUGUCAGUAGCACGGUGAGUAUUGUAAUGGAUGAGGUCCCCAGUGAGAGUCUGGUGGUGUAUAAAACCGGCUUGUUCCCGGACACAAGAACCAGUCCUGACGGCUGACGCUUGGACGUACGUGGAGGAAGACUGAGAGAGUUUCCAACUUCCUGUUGUAGUGGCAGGAGUUGAGGACAAAACAAAACAGCUAAUUAAAUCGUAUUGUUUGUCUCUGAGAGCGUCAAAUCAAAGUAUGGCUGGCGAGUGCUCGACACCACACAUUCCCGCUCUCCCCUGCUCGGUUCCUCAGCUGCCUCAGAGCUGUGAACUAUCCCCGCCCUGCUGUGCGGACGGGGGGUCACUGUUGAACGCCAAGGCGCCUCAGGUCAGCGGGGUCAGAGUUCAGCUGGAGAUGCACGCGCUCUGGCUGCAGUUCGACCAGCUGGGCACGGAGAUGAUCGUGACCAAAGCUGGGAGGAGGAUGUUUCCGACGUUCCAGGUGCGAAUCUCCGGGAUGGAUCCUGCGGCUGAGUACGUCCUGCUCAUGGACUUCAUCCCUGUUGACGAUAAAAGAUACAGAUAUGCAUUCCACAGCUCGUCCUGGUUGGUGGCGGGGCGAGCAGACGUCGCGGCCCCGAGCCGGAUGCACUUCCACCCGGACUCGCCCGCCCGCGGAGCUCAGUGGAUGAAGCAGACCGUGUCCUUUGACACUCUCAAACUCACCAACAACUUGCUGGAUGACAACGGACACAUGAUUUUAAGCUCCAUGCAUCGCUACCAGCCGCGCUUCCACGUGGUGUACGUGGAUCCGACGCCUGACAGCCACGUAAACGCUUACAGGAACUUCUGCUCCUUCUCCUUCCCUGAGACUCGCUUCAUGGCUGUCACCGCCUACCAGAACCACCGGAUCACUCAGCUAAAAAUCGCCAGCAACCCGUUUGCUAAAGGCUUCAGGACUACAGACCCACAAGACUGGGUGGGUAAUUCCAGGCCCCUGGCUGUGUGGUGCCCACCAGAGGGCAGAACUGAGCACCUCACCACCAAACCUGGGGAGCAGAGAAGCUGGGACUCGAAGACUUCAACCAGACAGGAGGACUCGGCCUCGUUGACAGUGGAGCAGUGUGGAGUCUUCCACCCCUGUAAAGACUCUCUGGGACUCGCCGUGGAGAGGAAAGAUGGAGACGGUUUAUUAGCACCUGCUUCCUUCCUCCCUCUUCCUUCCUGCUGGGACUGUGAAGGAUCAUCUCAAGAGAGAGACAACCUGCUAUAAAGAGAGAAUUUAAUUUGCAUCUUGUGUGUUUGUAAUAAAUGUACAUAGUUUGUGAUAUCCUUUAAUUUAUAAGGACCAUAAUAGAUGUAAUGCAGUGAUGCUAAAUGCUAUAAAUACCAGAGGUUACAAUAAGAGAACUACAGAAUCAUGUUAGUGAAGGACAACACAUUAUAGCAACAAUACAAUGGUAUAGAAAUAAACAGGCAGAGAAACUACAACAACCACAAUACAGUGAGUUGCAUUUAAUAUAAUCACAUGGUAAGUUGUCCCUAUAACAUUUGUGCAACCGCAAUGCAUCUGUUUAUUGUCUGAAAUAAAAUAAAAAAUACAUUCUGAAAUUUUGGUCCAGGAUUUUUCUGAAAUCUAGGUUAUAUUAACGGUUUUUAAAAACUGACUUGUUCUGGAUCAGAGCGAAUGUAUAAUGGGUAUGGGAAUCACCAUGAAAACUUCAUUACCCAGAAUGUGUAGCAUGACAUGGUUAUCUCCUGAGGAAGUGGCAAGAGCCAAGACAUGAUAGUGACUUUGCUUUCAAACUAAAAGACUUUAGGAAAAAGAGCAAAAUAUGUUUGUAUGUUGAAAAAAAUCCCAUUGGCUUUUUGUAGAGGGAGACAGGGUGAUGCCGACUUCCGGGCUGGCCUAUAAAAAUACGUCAUCCCUGCGCCACUCUACCCGGAAGUUAGCAUCACCCUGGUUCCCUCGGCUAAAAGCCAAUGGAUCUUUCCAUUAGCUUUUGUAUUAUUCCAGAAAAUAAGAUCUGUGGCCAACAAAG